UCUCAAUCAAUAUCUUAUCAAAUUAAGUCUCUGCACUUAAUCAAUAUGUAUUUUCUUUUUUUACAAAUAUAAAAUAAAUUUUUAUACAUGUUAUCAUAAAUAUAAUCUCUUCAAAGUUUCUGCAUAAAAUCGAUUAUGUUUUAGGGGACGUCCGUUUUAUCACCAAUUAUACCAUUUAGUUUCGUGGUAGUACCGGCUUUUAUAAUAUAUAGAAAAAGCGCCGAGCACGUCUAUGAAAAUCAUCCAGCAUUGUAUAUACUUGCUUUCGGAAUGGUCGCGGCCAAAGUUACAAACAGAUUGGUGGUUGCUCAUAUGACCAAAAAUGAGAUGCAAUAUUUGGACAGUUCGCUAAUCGGUCCAGCUAUGCUAUUCCUCAAUCAAUACUUCAAUUUUUUCAUCAAAGAAUACUACGUUCUAUGGCUAUGUUUCAUCUGGGUCACUCUAGAUCUCUUCCGGUAUAGUGCUCAAGUGUGUCUUGAAAUAUGCGAUCACAUGAAGAUCAAGCUAUUUAGGAUACCAUGCAAUCAACAUACAGGCACUAUCCAGGUUUCUAACGCCGCGGAGAAAAAUGGUACUAAUAGGUCACAACGUAACAGAUUGCAUAAGAAACAUCAUUAGGAUCGACCUGGUGAUAAUGAAUGCCCUGUAUGAUUCGUGUAUAAAGAAAUUGUGACGUAACAAAGUAAAAAUGCUUGUUGAGUUGCGUAUACAUAAAUCUUCGAAUAGUACAGUU